AUGCAUGAACAAGGUAGUUUCCAUAUGAGAAGCUGGACAAGUAAUGCACCAGAAGUUUUAGCUACGUUAAACGAAAAUGGUGAACAGACGGGUAAGUCGUUUGAUAAUAAUAUCGACACACUUCCGAUCGAAAAAAUUCUCGGCAGGUAUUGGGACCCGAAGUCAGAUUGCUUUAAAUAUGUUUUAAAAUUCGUUCGUUUACGUCGUAAUGUUUUUGCAGAUGAAAUUGUACCCACUAAAAGAGAAGUACUUCAAAUUUUAAUGUCCAUUUUUGAUCCAUUGGGACUGGCAGCUUGCCUCACAUCAUAUUUAAAAAUACUUAUUCAGGAUAUUUGGAGAAGCGGAAUCGACUGGGAUCAACCACUGGUACCCGAUCUUAUGGGCAAGUGGUUAGCUUGGGUUGCCUGCAUGCCUAUUUUUGCUAAUAUUUCUGUACCCCGUUGUUAUUCACCAUACAUAACAGAAAGUUCAUGUGAUGUACAAAUUCAUACAUUCGUAGAUGCGAGUGAGUUUGCUUAUGCAGCUGUAUCAUACUUCCGCAUUAAAGAUAAAUAUGGAGUAAGUACGAGGAUCGUAGCAGCAAAAACCAAAGUCGCUCCAAUGCGACCGAUGUCUAUUCCAAGAAUGGAGCUACAAGCUGCUGUAAUUGGUACACGGCUUAUGAAUACAAUAUGUAAAGUACACACAUUUGAUAUUAAAAAGCGUUUCAUUUGGAGCGAUUCCAAAACGGUGCUAAAGUGGUUGCGUGGUGAUCCACGACAAUUUCAACAAUUCGUAAUGUUUCGCAUUGCAGAAAUUCAAAAAGCAUCAACCGUCGAAGAGUGGAGAUGGGUACCCACGAAAUUAAAUAUUGCAGACAGUGCAACGAAAACAAAACAAAGUCCCGAAUAUGUGCAGCGGUGGGUCGAAGGACCAGAAUUUUUGCUACAAGACGAGGAUAAAUGGCCAACUGAGGUGGACCUAGGUCCGAUGGAGACCAGUGAAACUCGUGCAAAAUUUUUAUAUCAUCGCGAGACACAACCAUGUUUCAAUUAUGAAUAUUUUUCAUCUUGGAUCAAGUUGUAUCGUGCCGUUGCAAAUUGGCUACUCUACAUUGGGAAACUAAAGGCUUGUUGUGGCGGUUUCAAUGCUACAAAUGUUAUUUUGACUGUUCAACAUAUUGAGCGCGCGAAGCUCUUAAUAUACAAAAGCGUGCAACAGGAACUACUUGAAGAUUGGUCGACACUGAAAAUGGGGAGAAUAGUAGAAAGGAACAGUCCGUUAUAUAGGUUGCAGAACAAUUAA